AUGAGACCACCUCCUCCAGGUGGGCCCGGCUGGGGUCCUCCUGCUCCUGCUCCUGCUCCUGCUCCUGGUCCUGGCCCUGGAGGACCUCCAGCUCCGUGGCCCAGACCGCUGGGCUUGCUUGGCGGCUUUUGCAACGCUAUUUCUUCUUGCCUGUAUGUUUUAUGUUGCUGCUGGUUACUACAAGACUGCUUUGGUGGUCCACCUCCACCAGGUGGCUCCCCAGCUCCUCCUCCUGCUCCACUUGGACCCAUCGGACCUCCACCACCCGGACCUCCACUUGCCCCAGGUCCUCCACCUCCACCAGGACCUCCACUUGCCCCAGGUCCUCCACCUCCACCAGGACCUCCACUUGCCCCAGGUCCUCUACCUCCACCAGGUCCUCCACCUCCACCUGGUGGACCACCAGCACCGGCGCCGCCACCUCCUCCUCCAUGA